AUGGCAGCACCCAGCCCCACCCCGCAGGGCCUGCGCUGCUCCUCCGAGGCCUCGGCCGCGGAGCUCAGCAUCCCUCCCCAGUUCAGCAUCCCCGGACGUUACGCCUCCGCCCUGUACAUGGCUGCUGUUAAGGCGGACAAGCUGGAUGCGGUGACCAAUGAGCUGUCUCAAAUGGCCGGGCUCCUCAAGCAGAGCGACGACUUCCGGGAGUUUGUCAGCGACCCCACCGUCGGCCAGAAGGUCAAGGUGGAGGGCAUGAGCAGCGUCAUGGAUGGUCUGGGCGCCAGCAGCACCACCAAGAACUUUUUCGCCCUGCUGGCUGACAACAGCCGGUUGAACCAGGUGCCCAAGAUCCUGGAUGCCUUCCAGCAGCUCGUGGCCGAGCAGCGGGGCGAGGUGCAGGCGGUGGUCACUGCCGCGCAGGAGCUAACCGCGGCCGAUGUGUCGGAGAUUACCGAGUCUCUGAAGGACCUGCUGAAGCCCGGCCAGUCCCUGACCGUGAGCCAGAAGGUGGACCCCGCCAUCCUGGGCGGCCUGAUGGUGGACUUUGAGGACAAGCACAUCGACCUGUCCAUCCGCUCCCGCAUUCAGUCCAUCCAGAAGGCCAUCGGCGAGGCCGUGGUCUGA